AUGUCGACGACCAAGCUCUCCUGCCCCGGGGCCGCGACCAUGCUGAGCCUUCCGCAUGUCCUGACCUCGAUCGCCCAGUGCCUCCAGUCGCCUGAUGCUCUCGUCUUUCUGUCGGCGCUGCCAUUGACGUCGCUGGACACAGCACUGGCGGCGACCAAGGAGCUAUUGACGCGACCUGGUCGGUUCGUCCACACGUGGCCGCAGGUCGACCUCGAAGAGAUCAAUGAUGAUGACGAGCCACUGGUACGCGCAGCGCUGCCAGCUAUCCUGUCGGUCCACGCCUACGAUAUCUACUCCUUUGCUCCCUUGUCAGCGACGACCGACUGCGAAUCCGUGACACCGUUUCUCGAGUUUGCUGUGCAGUAUCCGCUCAAGAUGACGCACGUGGAUGGAAUAUGGCAGCGCGAAGUCGGUACUUCGGCCUUUUGCAGCUUUCUUCGGCGCUGCACCCGCCUGACGUCGAUCGACUUGACCGGGAUCGCGAACGCGGCCGACCUCCUCGCCGCCGUUUUGACGCCAACUCACCGUGUGAGCUCGCUUGUCAUCGGCACGACCUACGACUCAACGGACGGCGACGACUGGACGGCGCUUCUGUUGCCUUGGCUGGCCAGCGGGCAUGCGCGACACGCGCUCAACAACUGGGGGAGGCGCCCGAUACCCGAUAUUGCGGGGCUGGCGCGGGCGCUCGCGACGUCGUCGUCGCUUCAAGGUCUUGAUAUAAUCAACUACGACCUCCUGCUUGCGGCGCUUGUUGCAUUGAAGAUGCCACUGCGCCAGCUCACAGCACUGAACGUCAUGACAAUUUUACCCGCAUACAAGAUGCUUUCGCUGUUAGAGCUGCUGGACCUUGCCAAGCUCACGUCGCUGACGCUGGACCUUCACGGCACGGACACGUCGCAUUGGCCGCACCUUGAAAGCCUCUCGUUCAAUGACGUCGAGCUUCCCGCCGAGACCGUGGACGCUGUGCUCGCGUACCUUGGCCGCGUGCAAGGCCUUCAGAAGUUGACGAUGGUCGAAUGCUCGAUGGUCGGCACGUGCUUCUUCGAUGUGAGUCGCGCGCUUAGCCGGCUCGUCGCCAAUGGUCUGACCUUUGCGAGCUUUCAUCACGAGCGCUUUGACGACAUGAGCGCUGCUUUGGUUGCACUCGUGCUGCACGAAGGUCGCAACGUAUCGCCCCUUAAGUUGUGCCUCUGGGGCAACGACAUCACCAUCAAAGGCGUCCGCGUGCUUUUGGAAGCGCUUGCGACUUGCACGUAUGUGUGCGUUCAGAUUGAGCCCUGCGACUUUAGCCGGUUCUCGCCACACAAGGACGAAAUCCAAGCAUUUGCCGCCGCCCAUCGCAUGGUCGUGGAAUCUAAGCCCUGCACGCUGUACAGCCCGUCGACGACCUCGUAAUAACGUAGUCGGUGCUAGUCCUCAUAAUAUGGUAUCCAAUACAUUUGCAU